AUUAUGCAUGCUUGAUGCUGAAUAUUCUCUGUACAGGGUGCUUAAUGCAGUAGCCUAAUCAAAUUGCGAAUUUGUGCAUGUGUCUUAAUUCCUUGACCGAUGGGCCCAUUUUUGCUAGUUCUGAAUUUCCUCGCUGGACUGUGUUUUUGUUUAUUCGCUCGGGUCUUUAGUGAUACGGACACCCAGGAACACAUCAAUAUGAAGAGAGGAGAUGAUUGCACCCUCCAAACUGGUACCGUCAGACGUUCGAGCAUGAUAAUACUAUGGAGUUUCAUAACUACUGAUAACGAUUUACAUAUAGCCCAGCUUUACAACGACGACGCUAAAAUAAUGCCCACUGAUCAGUUCAGAAACAGACUGCAUUUGGACAGACAUACUGGGUCUCUUACAGUCACGGAUAUUGCCUUCAUGGAUUCUGGUCUUUAUAAACUUAAUAUUCGAGAAACACAGAACUCAUACAAGGAAUUCGAUGUGAUCGUAUAUGGUGAUGUAGGUGAACCCAUGGUGACUGUUUACCACAGCAAAACAAAACUAGAUAGAAACUGUUCAGUGGAGUGCAGUGUGGAGAAUGGGAGAGAGGUGACCCUGUCCUGGUACAGAGGAAAUGACCUGUUGAACCAGACCAGCAGUCCUGAUCUCAACAUGACCCUCAGAGUCCCUCUGGAGGUUGAACGCCAUGACAACAGUAUCUACAGCUGUGUGGCUGCAAACCCAGUGAGCAACCAGACCAUUUUUCUCAACAUAACUGCCACCUGCUCUGGCCCCCCAGACUCAGACACUUCAAAUAGGAGCUAUUAUUUUCUGUUCGUUGGAUUGUUGGUUCUGAUAGCAUCAUGUACGCUGUUCUUCUUCUUCAAAAAGAUCAAGAAAACUGAAGAGAAUCCUACUGAAGUGGAGCCCCAGUAUACGGAUGUCAAUUAUAAAGCAAAGAAGAACCAGGCAAAGGAGCUGAAGUGCGAAGACACUCUGUACUCGGAGGUUAAAACCCACCAGGCUGGCAACCAGGAAGAAUCUUGCUAGUUUUUAUUUGUGUGUGUGUGUGUGUUUACAUUGUAUGAAAUAUUAUUGCCUGAGAUUUCGUUUAGGUAUUUAAUUAUUUUUCCAUGCUUAUAUUUUAUUAAAUUGUUUGUCAUUGUUGUCCUGUGUGCAUUUUACGUUUAUGUUGUAUACAGUAAAUUAGCAGCAUACAAUUUGACAGAUUACAGAAAAUGCUGUUAGUGAUAUGGAUGACAGAUUACAAUAAAUGCUGACCACCACUACGAAACCCUGAAAAACCUGUGAUAUAAGCGUAUUGGUCAUGUGAAUGCAUUACUUCUGUUUAUAAUAGAUCAUAUCUCAAAAGGUGUCAAAUUUACUUUUAGCAGUGCCUUCUAUCUGAUUAAGACUGUGCUGUAAUCUAAUGUUUUAUACUGUAAACACAGUCUCAACUGACAACUUGAUCCGGAUUACACCCUUAUUUUCAUAAGCAUCUUUUUUUUAUGAUUGUACCAUAACUCAUAACAAAGCAGAAAAUAUGUUUAGAAGCAGGUGUAAAAUAUAUUUGUUUUACAAAAUAUCAUAAUGUCAUAGAGAGACUGGUGGAGACUGGAAAGAAGGCAAGUAUAAUUCUCCUCCAUGUUAUCUCCUCCUCCAUUGCCUCUCCACUGUAGUCAUUUCUUCAGUUAUUAAAACAAAAUAUG